AUGGUCGUUCGCAUUCGUCUGGCCCGCUUCGGGAACAAGCAUCAGCCGAUCUACAACGUUGUCGUGGCGCAAGCCCGGUCGGCCCGCAACUCCAAACCCCUCGAGGUCAUCGGCACCUUCAACCCGGUCCCGCAGCGCCCAACGAACCUCUCGGACGAGGAAGCCCGACACGCGCGCGCAUACAAGGAGGUGUCGCUCGACCGAUCCCGAGCCAAGUACUGGCUGGGAGUGGGGGCGCAGCCAAGCGACUCGGUGUGGAAGUUGUUGAGUCUGGUAUGUUAUUUGCCAUCGGCGCUACAGGGAGGGAUGAAUGCUGACGGUGUCGCUACAGGCUGGAUUGGUUGA